AAAUAACAGAACACAUAGCAAUUAGCAAACAAUCCCCAUAUCUAAAGCUAGCUACUUAUAUUACAACUUCCAACAAUGGCAGAAAAAAUCACCAACGUCAAGAGCACAAGGUAUGCAGUGGUGAGUGGGGGAAAUAAAGGACUAGGAUAUGAAACAUGCAAGCAAUUAGCAAGCAAAGGUGUAAUUGUAGUGUUGACAUCAAGAGAUGAAAAAAGAGGCAUUGAAGCUAUUGAAAGGCUCAAAAAGGAGUCAAACUUUACUAAUGAUCAAGUUUUGUUUCAUCAACUUGAUAUUUUGGAUCCAACUAGUAUUUCUUCUCUUGUGGAUUUCAUCAACUCAAAAUUUGGAAGGCUUGAUAUUCUGAUUAACAACGCAGGAGUUGGUGGAUUAAUGGUAGAAGGAGAUGUGCUUGUACUAAAAGAGAUAAUAGAAGGAGAUUUCUUAACCAUUUCCACUGAAAAUGGAGAAGAUGGAGGCACAAUGAAAUCAUAUCCUGAAAUUGUAACAAAUUAUGAGUUGACAAAACAAUGUGUGGAGACAAACUACUAUGGUGCAAAAAGAAUGAUUGAAGCAUUUGCUCCUCUCCUUCAACUCUCUAAUUCCCCAAGGAUUGUUAAUGUUGCUUCUUUCUUAGGGAAGUUAAAGUUAUUGCGCAACGAAUGGGCUAAAAAAGUGCUAAGUGAUGAAAAAAGCCUAACAGAAGAAAAGGUGGAGCAAGUGUUGAAUGAAUUUCUCAAAGAUUUUACAGAAAAUUCAAUUGAAUCCAAAGGAUGGCCAACUUACUUUUCAGCUUACAAAGUUUCAAAAGCAGCCUUGGUUGCCUAUACAAGAAUUUUAGCUACUAAAUAUCCGAAUUUUCGCGUUAAUUCGGUGUGUCCUGGCUAUUGCAAAACAGACGUAAACGCUAAUACUGGGAAUUUAACUGCUGAAGAAGGUGCAGAAAGCUUUGUGAAACUUGCUUUGUUGCCAAAUGAUGGACCUUCUGGCCUCUUCUUUUACAGACAAGAGGUCACUUUUUUUUGAACAUUUGUCCCAUUCAACUAUUUCUAAUUGUUUAUGGAUUCGAUAGAAUUCAAUAUUUUGAUAUUUUUAGCCCUAUCUACAUGUGAACAAUAAGGAUAGAGGUUCACCUUAGAACUCACUCUAUCAACUCAUCAGAAAUCUUAUCGUUUAAAUUCUAAAUUUGUUAUGUUUAAUUUGGUUUUAAAGGAUUGCAUUUCU